AUGAAAAGCUAUGACUCAACAGUGGCGUUUUUACAAAACCGUCGUUCCUGUCGGAUGACAUCUUCAUCAUCUUUUUCUUCGUCUUCUUCUCAGUCGACAGUUUAUAUUAAAUGUACAACAAUAUUCCUUUCGUUAUUAUCGAUUAUCUCUCUACUAACAUCCGUAGCUGCUGCUCAACAACAACGAAAUCCACCGAUCUCAUCCACUGUUGUGUUGGCAAACGGCUCGUCAGUACAAUGGGGUAGUAUGUCACGACGACGAAUGCUGCCGAGCACUACACUAUCAACAUCAGCGACACUAUCGACUCUCGUAGACAAUGAUCGUCUGCUGAAUACAACGAAAGUUGACAAAGUUUUAAUAGAAAAACCGCGUAGUGUCGCCUACUUAGUGUUGAUUAUUAUUGUGUGUUCGUUGAUGAGCAUCAUAACCAUCAUUGGUAAUCUCGUUGUCAUUCUAUCGGUGUGUCUCGUGAAGAAAUUACGAACUCCUUCGAAUAUACUUAUUGUAAGUUUGGCUGUCAGUGACGUUUUCGUUGGUUUAUUUAUAAUGCCAUUAGCGAUGAUGCUGGAAAUUUCCAAUGACAACUGGCUUUUAGGUUCAAUUAUGUGUGACUUAUGGACAUCCACUGAUGUUCUUCUUUGUACAUCAUCAAUCUUAAAUUUUCUUAUUAUUUCAAUUGAUCGUUAUUUUAUUAUUAACCAUCCAUUUAAGUAUGCUCCGAUGCGCCAGGUCAAGUUACUUUCAUUGAUGAUCGCUGGCGUAUGGGUGCUCAGUGCUCUGGUUUCCUUACCGCCUAUCUUAGGCUGGGGCCGUCCCUCAGAGAAUCUUCCGAAAUGCCAAGUUAAUACCAAAUUAGAAUACCAAAUAUUUGCAACAAUGCUUUCGUUUUACAUUCCUCUUAUUUUUGUACUCAUAAUAUAUGCAAAUAUCUACCGAACGGCGCAAACAGCCAUGGAUAAUCGUUCAAGCAUUCAAAUGUCCCAGUUUCUCACACAUAAUAAUUCCACAACAAAUGUCGCCCAAACGAAUGUGACCACACCACUUGCUCAACAACAACAAAACGGAAACAGUUGUUCAUCGCCACAGCUAUUAUUAAACGUAUCAAAUAAUAAUGGGAACGGCAAUGAUGACGGCUCGUCUGCGUCUGUUCCGGAUCAACGAUUAGGCGGACAACGUUCGACAAAGAAUGAUGAUGGAAGGAAAUCCACAAGUUGCUUUUCCACAUCUCGAUGCUUAGGUAGACGGCUGAGUACACCUUUCAACGGCCGUCUGUCAAUCUUUGUGACACGACGUUAUUCAUUCUUUCGUCAUGUUCAUCUGCCAAAUCAAAAAGCCAUUCGUACACUAGGCGUCAUUCUCGGAACAUUCAUAGUUUGUUGGCUUCCAUUUAUGUCAUAUGCAAUAAUUAAACCAUUACAUGAAUAUAUCACAGGUCUGACAGGUACACCGAAACAAUUGAAUGCACCUAAAUGGGUUGAUCCUGUUCUACUUUGGUUUGGUUAUACGUCAUCUAUGUUAAAUCCAUUGAUUUAUUCGAAAUUCAACCGAGAAUUCCGGACACCCUUUCGAGAAAUUUUCUACUGUCGUUGUCGUGGCUUGAAUGAAAAAAUUCGUCGACAAGAGUAUCUCGAAAAUUUAUAUGGUGAUGGUCAACUACAAGCACCUCCUGUGCAUCAUGUCCACCAUCAGGCAAGAACCAAUACGCGAGGUAGUGCCGGACUCGACGCAACCAUAUAA